AUGAAUAAUACAAGACCAGAAAAUGUUGGUAUUUUAGGAAUGGAAAUCUAUUUUCCAAAGACCUAUGUAGCCCAAGAAGAUUUGGAAAAGUUUGAUGGAGUCUCUGCCGGUAAAUACACUGUCGGUCUUGGCCAAACCAAUAUGUCCUUUUGCGGUGAUCGUGAGGACAUUUACUCAUUGUCACUCAAUGCCGUCUCGAAUCUCUUGGAAAAGUACAACGUUGAUCCACACUCGAUCGGUCGUCUUGAAGUCGGUACCGAGACUGUCAUUGACAAGGCCAAAUCCAUCAAGACUGUUUUGAUGGAUCUCUUUGCCGCCUCGGGCAACACCUCUAUCGAUGGUAUCGACACCAUCAACGCCUGCUACGGUGGUACCUCUGCCUUGCACAAUGCCCUCCAAUGGAUCGAGUCCUCGUACUGGGAUGGUCGUAACGCCAUUGUCGUCGCCGGUGAUAUUGCCGUUUAUGAAAAGGGUCCAGCCCGUCCAACCGGUGGUGCCGGUGUCGUUGCCAUGCUCAUUGGUCCAAACGCACCCAUCACCUUUGAGUCUGGUCUCCGUGGUGUCCACAUGGAGAAUGUCUAUGACUUUUACAAGCCUGACAUGGAAUCCGAGUACCCACGUGUCGACGGUAAGCUCUCCAUCUCUUGUUACCUCCGUGCCAUCGAUAACUGCUACGGUCGUUACCGUAACACCUUUGAGCGUAAAUACAGUCCCUCUAAAUUCGAUCUCUCUCAAGUCGACUAUGCCAUCUUCCAUUCACCAUACAACAAAUUGGUUCAAAAAUCUUUUGGUAGAAUGUUAUACAAUGACUUUUUAAAUAAUCCAAAUGAAGAAAAGUUCAAGUCACUUCAACAAUAUGCUUCAUUGAAGCCUGAAGAGACCUACUUUAACACUGACUUGGAAAAGGCAUUGAUCAGUCUCUCCAAGGAAGACUAUAACACCAAGGUAGCUCCAUCGACCCUCUUGGCCAAACAACUCGGUAACACCUACUGUGGCAGUACCUAUUCAGGCUUGUUGUCACUCUUUAACGAGCGUAGCAAGGAUUUGAUUGGUAAGCGUGUCCUCACAUUCUCGUACGGUUCUGGUUUAUCAGCCUCGGCCUUCUCUUUCAAAGUUCGUUCAUCGAUCGAGGAGAUGGUCCAAAAGGUAGAUCUCAAGAACCGUCUUGAUGCCCGUACCCGUGUCACUCCAGAGGAAUUCACCUCCACCCUUACUCUCCGUGAACAACGUCACAACCUCAAGGACUACACUCCAUCCGACUCUGUCAAUAGUCUCUUCCCCAAUUCCUUCUACUUGAAGCGUGUCGAUGAUGUUGGUAGAAGACAAUACGACCGUACCUAUUCUACUCUUCGUCGUGUUUACAAUGUUGCCAAAUGUUUAAAGAAAAUCUAG